CCAUCCGAAAGGUAGAUUGCGCACGCGGGAAGCCUUGGCAAAGUCAUAUAGCCCUUUAUUUAAUCGAACGUUGGAUCCAGAGACUGAAGUUAUUAUUUCUGCCGGUGCAAAUGAAGGAUUAUAUGCUAUUUUUGCGGGUUUUUUGGAUGAUGGAGAUGAAGUUAUAUUGAUCGAACCUUUUUUCGACCAAUAUAUUGCAAACAUCACAAUGAACGGUGGUGUGCCCGUGUACGUGCCGUUACGGCCACAUGGAGAUACAAACAAGAUCAUAUCUUCUCGUGACUGGAAAUUGGAUAUUAAUGAAUUAAGAUCGAAAAUUACUCCGAGAACUAAAAUACUCGUGUUUAAUACUCCUCAUAACCCUGUGGGUAAAGUAUUCUCUAGAGAAGAAAUGCUAGAAAUUGCACAAGUUGUACAAGAAUUUAACUUGUUACUAGUGAGUGAUGAAGUAUACGACCGUCUUUAUUAUAAACCUGAUGUCCAUGGACGCAUAGCGACUUUGCCAGGAUUAUGGGAUCGCACCAUUACUGUUGGAAGCGGUGGCAAGACUUUUGGUACAACUGGAUGGCGUGUCGGGUGGUUAAUAGGACCUAAAAAUUUAAUAAAAACCGUACUCUCAGCGCAGACUAGAAUUGUUUUUUGUGUCAAUUCACCACUUCAAGAGGCCAUAGGAAUAUCAAUUGAAGAAGCUGAGGCACAUGGUUACUAUGAAGAGAACAUCGCAUUAUAUGAACAAAGACGCGACAAAUUAUGUAAAGCAUUAUCAGAUGCAGGACUUCCAUACACUUUCCCUCAGGGUUCUUAUUUUAUUUUGGCUAAUACAAAACGAAUUAAUAUUCCGGAGGAUUACGAGUAUCCUGAAAUCCUACUAGACCGGCCAAGAGAUUUUAAAGUAUGCUAUUGGAUGGCAAAGGAGAUCGGUGUAGUAGCUAUCCCACCUAGCGAAUUUUAUAGUGAAGAGAAUAGAUACCUUGGAGAAGAUUAUGCACGAUUUGCAUUCUGUAAAACAGAUGAAACACUAGAAGCAGCUGCAAAAGCUUUAUUGAAAUUGACGAAAUAUAUUAAUGAAUAA